GCAGACGUAGAAAGGAAGCCGGCUGGCUACUUAAAAGCGGGUCCUAUACUCUCUUUUCCUGCAUUGCCAGAUGACAAAUCUUGAAUCGGACAUGGAAGGUUUAGACCCUAAGUUAUCCCAGCGCUCUGAGCUGGUGGAGGUCGACGGAAUCCCUUUGCUCAGUGGUGCUGCAGAAAGAUGGAGUCGCAUAUCAACCUUUAAAGCCCAGGCAGACGACCUUCUCAUUUGCACAUACCCCAAAGCAGGGACCACUUGGACGCAGGAAAUUGUAGACCUGAUCCAGCAUGGAGGGGACCCUCAGAAAUGUGCUCAAGUCCCCAUCUACAAACGGAUGCCCUUCAUAGAGAUGCACAGUCCCUUGUUCUCACGCUUGGAAGAGGCAGAGCUAAUGCCAUCUCCACGUACUCUUAAGUCUCACCUCCCGGUCCAGCUCCUGCCGCCCUCCUUCUGGGAACAGAAUUGCAAGAUCAUUUAUGUGGCCAGGAAUGCCAAGGAUAACGCAGUCUCCUACUUCCACUUCCAACGUAUGAACGGGAGGAUGCCAGACCCGGGAACAUGGGACGAAUAUCUGGAGAAGUUCAUUGCGGGGAAACUUGCCUGGGGCUCUUGGUUUGACCACGUUCGUGGUUGGUGGAAGGCUAAGGAUUCUCACCCAAUUCUCUAUCUCUUUUAUGAAGACAUGAAAAAGCACCCAGCCUUAGCAAUUCGGAAGAUAGCUCAGUUCCUGGACCAAGACCUUUCUGAGCCAGCUUUGAACCGGAUCAUGCAGCACACAGAGUUCAAGAGCAUGAAAGCAAAUCCCAUGGCUAAUUACAGCACAAUGCCAACUUACAACCACGCUUUGUCACCCUUCAUGCGAAAAGGCACCGUAGGAGACUGGAAAGACUACUUCACAGUGACUCAAAGUGAACGGCUUGAUGAUCUGUGUGCCCAAUUAUUAAGGGGCAGUGGCCUGACCUUCCACACUCAGCUAUAAGCAUCCCUCUGUGCUCUUCAUCAAUCCCAUGCCCGGAGCUUGGGCCUACAUUAAACAAAAUAGACCAUGUAGCCACGAGCAAGGACCACAUAGGUUGUGCAUGUUUAUUUUGAAUUUUACUU